GGGGGGGGGUGCCCCUUGCUGCCGCCGCCUCCCCGCUAUUGCCCCCGGUGUGCGGGAGGGAGCCCCCUCCAGGCCCUCCCUCCCAUUGCCCCAAGCAGAUGUGGACUGAGCGGAUCGCCGCGAGGACCAGCCAAAGGUUCUACUAGUUUCAUUUGAUGGAUUCCGUUGGGAUUACUUAUACAGAGUUCCAACACCUCAUUUUCAUCAUGUUAAAGAAUAUGGUGUCCACGUGAAGCAAGUUACUAAUAUUUUUAUUACAAAGACCUACCCUAACCAUUAUACUUUGGUAACUGGCCUCUUUGCUGAGAAUCAUGGCAUUGUGGCAAAUGACAUGUUUGAUCCUGUUCUGAACAAAUCUUUCUCCUUGGAUAAUAUGAACAUUUAUGAUUCUGAGUUUUGGGAAGAAGCGAUGCCGAUAUGGAUCACAAAUCAGAGGGCAGGACAUACGAGUGGUGCAGCCAUGUGGCCCGGAACAGAUGUCAAAAUACAUAAAAGCUUUCCUACUUACUAUAUGCUUUACAAUGAGUCCGUUUCAUUUGAAGAGAGAGUUGCCAAAAUUAUUGAAUGGUUUACAUCGAAACAGCCCAUCAAUCUUGGUCUUCUCUAUUGGGAAGAACCUGAUGACAUGGGCCACCUUUUGGGACCAGACAGCCCACUCAUGGGGCCUGUCAUUUCAGAUAUUGACCAGAGGUUAGGGUAUCUCAUACGAAUGCUGAAAAAGGCAAAGUUGUGGAACAUUCUGAACCUAAUCAUCACAAGUGAUCACGGAAUGACGCAGUGUUCUGAGGAAAGGAUCAUAGAGCUUGACCAGUAUCUGGAUAAAGACCACUAUACCCUGAUUGACCAGUCGCCGGUGGCAGCCAUCUUGCCCAAAGAAGGCAGAUUUGAUGAAGUCUAUGAAGCACUAGCUCAUGCUCACCCUAAUCUGACUGUUUACAAAAAAGAAGAGAUUCCAGACAGAUGGCAUUACAAAUACAACAGUCGAAUUCAGCCAAUUCUUGCAGUGGCUGACAAAGGGUGGUAUAUUUUACGGAAUAAGUCAGAUGACUUUCUGUUAGGCAACCACGGUUAUGAUAAUGCAUUAGCAGAAAUGCAUCCCAUGUUUUUAGCCCACGGUCCUGCCUUCCGAAAGAAUUUCACAAAAGAGGCCAUGAACUCAACAGAUCUGUACCCCCUGCUCUGCCACCUCCUCAAUAUCACUGCGGUGCCACACAACGGAUCACUCAGGAACGUCCAGGAUCUGCUCAGUUCACCAACUCCAAGAGCAAGUCCUUAUACACAGAGCCCUCCUCUCCUCCAUGGUAGUGUCAAACCAAGAGAAAAUGAACAAGAGGAGCCAUAUGCUUAUUUCAUAGGGGUCUCUCUCGGUAGCAUUAUAGUUAUUGUGUUUUUAAUAAUUUUCAUUAAACAUUUAAUUCGCAGUCAAAUACCUGCCUUACCAGAUUUUCAGGCUGAAAUAUCUCAACCAUUAUUACAAGCCUAAUGCUCCUUUGAUGUGGAGAUUGCAUAGUUAUGUCAGUGUUUAAAGGUUUCAAAUUCUAGGAAACCAGCUUCAAACAUUUGCACAGACCAUUAAGCAGUUACGUACAUAUGCAGAGGCAGUCAUACACACACACACACACACACACACACACACACACUCAUGCACAUGGACCAAAAUACACAUACCUGCAAAGGAUGAAAGAUGGGGAAAUAUGUUUCCAUUGUCCUCUCUGGCUUCUGGUAGGUAAGAUCCUGCUUUAUUUGGACUUGGCACAUACAAUGUAUAUAUUUAACAACUUUGCACUAUUUGAAGUACCUUACAUAUUGCACUUUAAAUUACUCUCCUAAUGGGUACAUUAAUGUGAAAUGCACUUUAUUGACAAUUACGUCUGAUAACUCGGUUGAAAAAGACAACUUUUGCACCCAUGUCCCAGAAUACCUGUUAUUCCUUGUUCAAACGGAAUGAAAUUUCUAAUAAUUCCUGAAUACUGUAGAAAUCUAUCUAUCUUCUUAAAUUGGGAGAGCAUGAAGAAAGUGAAAACUGUUGAAAAUGAAAUGUGAUGACCUUUGAACACUGAAUUUUGGAGAGAUGCAUUCCCAACAGCAGGGUGCAUCUGUGGGCACUCCUUGUCGUAUUUCUUUGCAAUGGACAUGGGUUUUCAUUUAAUUUUUCCCCCCAAAAAGAGAUCCAAAUACUGACGGAUUCAUUCCAGGUAUGUUGUUUCCAUCGUGAAAUUCAUUAUUGCUGUUUCCUGAUUAGUCAUUUUACUCUGAUUUUAAUAGUAAGACACCAUGAGACCUCUACUCUGUAGGCUUGAAAAAAAAAUAAUAAGACACCAUGAAUAUACAUUUCUUUUCUCUCGAGUCUAGCACUGGUCUGACUAGAAGGCAUCAGGCACCAUCUCAGCAAUAUUUUCUCUUGCUCUGUAAUUAUUUGCUUCCUUGAAAACGAAAUCACUAUUAAUCGCAUUACAAAAUCAGAUUAGAUAAAACAAUGUUUUCUUUCUGGUAAUCUGUAGUGACAGAGCACAAGCAUCUUUUAGAUUUCAGCAUGUGAAGGUCCAGAAUUGCAAGAGAGCACAAACUACAUUAGGGAAAAUGUAGGCCACGCAAUCCUUGAAAAGAACUGUGUGGAGCUUGGGGGAAAAAAAAUUAGACAGAAACUUGGGGAAAAAAAUUAGGCAGGGCCAUUGUUGUUUGCAGUGUACCCAGGACAAUGCUAAAGGGUGCCUGGUGGCAAAAAAUAGUGAAACUCCUAGAGGUAACAGGCAAUUGAAACAAGAGGAGCUGAGACUAUAGCCUUGUUUCCUGAAAUAUCUGAAUAUCCACUCACCAAAUGCUCAGUGGACUCAAAGAUGAAUCCAGGUUCACAAAUAGACUUGACCUCCUGGGUAGGUUUUGUCACCUGCCUGUUCACCUGAGCUUCCCAUUCCCUCCCAUGGAAAGAUGUGCCUUAGAUCUCUUAAGUAGGCUGGUUAGGGAGAGGGUAGUGUUACCUAUGGUUUCUUAGAGGAAAGAGAAAGCCCUGGAAAGAAUAGCUUUCCUUGAAGAAAAUAGAAACCAGUUUAUAGACACGUGGCCCAUAGAAAAUACUGUGAUUCUGUGUAUAUUUAUGCACCAACUCGCUAAAAGUAGGUAAAGUGGUAAAUGUAUUCCAGAAAGGAUAAACUAGAUGUAAAGAACAAAAGUGGCAUAGUGAAAAAUAUAAUUGAAGUGCUUCCUAAAAUCAGGUGAAUGAAUUAUUUUUAUUUUAUUUUUUUUGUGGUACGUG